UGCGUUCGGAAAUCUCUGAAAUGGCCACAAUCCUUGACUCACUUACACCUCCGGUUCAGCUCACCCCUCCAACUCGUUCUGCUGUUCUUCCUACUUGGUUUGGCUGCUCUCUGCCCAUCUCCACCCAUUCCACUCGCUGCCCUUCCAUUUCCUGUAAAAAUGAAAACCACUCGACUAAAGCUUUUGUAGUUCCAAGGAGAAAUGCAGUGGCCUUGAUCUUGUCAAGCUGUGUCUUCUCAGAGAUGGGUUUCCACAACACUGCUGUGGCUCAAUCAUCUGUUGGGUUCAGGGAAUAUAUUGAUACUUUUGAUGGGUAUUCCUUCAAGUACCCACAGAAUUGGAUUCAGGUUCGAGGCUCAGGAGCAGACAUUUUCUUCAGGGAUCCUUUUGUUUUAGAUGAAAAUCUGUCGGUGGAGAUGUCAUCCCCUUCAUCUUCAAAUUACAGGAGUGUUGAAGAUUUGGGUCCUCCACAAGAAGCUGGAAAAAAAGUGCUUAAACAGUAUUUGACAGAAUUCAUGUCUACUAGACUUGGUGUCAGGCGUGAAUCAAAUGUACUUUCCACUUCCUCUAGAGUAGCUGAUGAUGGGAAGCUUUAUUAUCAAGUUGAGGUGAACAUAAAGUCUUUUGCAAAUAACAAUGAGAUGGCUGUCAUGCCACAAGAUCGAGUAGUUCGUCUGGAAUGGAACAGGAGAUACCUGUCAGUUCUUGGAGUUGAAAAUAACAGGCUGUAUGAGCUGAGAUUACAAACACCAGAAAAUGUAUUUUUGGAAGAGGAAAAUGAUCUUCGUCAAGUAAUGGAUUCCUUCAGGGUUAACAAAGUGUCUGGUUGAUGUGAUGAGGUACAUUUGAUUCACUCGACAUUUUGCUAUGUAGGAUCCUUAUUUGUGAUUGCACUCAUUGUCUUGCCCUGU